GCAGGUCCCAGGGGUGCUGCUUCCGGCCGGCGGGGGCUGUCAGAGUUUUUACCCCUGAUGAAGCCGCCAUUACCGGCGUGGAAACGACGCCAGCCCCCCCAGGGGACGCGCAGGGGGUCCGUGGGUCUCCAUAAAAACACGCAGAGACGAACCGGGAGCUUCAGAUGAGGCCGGACUUUCUGCGGAUCCUCCACGAGACAGAAAUGCUGCGCGAGACCAGAGAUCCGGGUUCCUGCGUCCCGGUGAAGCAGAGAGGAAGUCCGGAUGAGACGAGCCCGAGUGAUGGGUCGCGACCCCUGGGCGUCCGCCGGGUCUUCACCAACAGUCGGGAGCGCCGGCGGCAGCAGAACGUCAACGGGGCGUUCGCCGAGCUGCGGCGCCUCAUUCCCACUCACCCCCCCGACAGGAAGCUGAGCAAGAACGACAUCCUGCGCCUCGCGCUGCGCUACAUCCACUUCCUGGACCGGCUGCUGGUGGACCAGGAGGACGGCGGCCUGCAGGGGGCGCCCUCCCCCCGCUGGGCCCAGAGCUGAGAGGACGGAGACUCUGACGGCGUGUUGGAGCAGCAGCGCUACCUGCACCGCUACCAGGUGCAGCUGAGCAGCCAAUCAGAACCCACCGACGGCCGAACCCUUCCCAGACUGGAAGCUGAACUGGAAACCAGUUCUGGUGUUUGGUUUUUAUGUUAAAGACUUCUGGCUCGGUGCAAAUAUUAAUGUCAAAACCUGCGUUUCCAUUUGAAAUGUGCACAAAACUUUGUCGAUAUUCCUCUAAUGUAGGAAAAAUAACAUUUCAACAUUAGCAACAUUUCGCUAAUGUCGAAAUAACGAAAUUUUGCAAUUCCAGUGGAAAUAAGGAAUGCAAUUAGAAUCACAUGUGGAUAAGUUAGUUCACGCAGGAAGCUGCAC